CACUCAUCUUCCCUUAAUGAGAUCCUCGACUUUUACCAUCGAGCGGCAAGAACGCAGUUGAGAUCCCCGUCAGACUGAGAUUUAAACCCCCUCGUGACAAAAAUUGUGCCUCGCAUCCGCCAUGUCUCAAUUUGAUGAUACAAGAUCGAUGGCAGAAAGUCUGCCGGAUGCCUCCGUUGGCGCCCCUGCUCGGCCCUCCUACAAGUCUUUCAAAAAGAAGUUUGCGAAGCUUAAGAUGAGAUUUGAAAUGCAGAUGGGAGAGAGCGACGCGCUCAUUCGCGAAGAAUUGCGCAUCGAGGAUCUUUCGAAGAGAAUACAGGAACAGAAUGAUCAACUGUUAGAGGUCCUGCUUGAGUUCAACGACAGCCUCCACGUGUCUCCCAGUCUACGAUACGACUUGAGUGCGCCAGGCGAUGAGACCUUUUUGCCGCCUCCUGAUAGAGAUAUUCCGGCCUCUUAUAAUGAUCCCGCCAUCGCGGGAUCUAUGUUGAAGGAUGCGAAAGGCCGUAUGGCUGCUGGUCGGAUGACUACCAAUGCCUAUCGUGAACUGGAGGACGACGUUCGGCGAAGCAAAGCGUUUGCACCGCGCCUGCUGUACACUUCCUUGAUGCAAUUUCCUCAUUCUGCCCCUUUGCCCGACGACCAACCCGAGGAUCAGUAUCCCGCCCACGUGCUUGGCUUCAUGACUCCUGAGCAUGAAACCGAGUACUACCUGGCCCUGGACGCUAAGCUCGGUGAUGAGAGUGCCAUUGAGCAGCUAUUGUCCAUGCCCAAUAAAUCAUCAUUCGUCGAGCGCACGCGGGAUGCUAAUCUCCGUAUACCCAUAUCCGUGCAUAAUUGGCUUCGGCGGAAUCAGCCGCAGAUCUUCCUUCAAGACAACGAGAACGCAUCCGAGAAGUCUGGCUCUCGGCCCUCGCGUGCGUCCAAGAGAGCUACUGCCCAGGCUCGAAAGGAGGAGGAUAUGUAUGAUGAUGAAGGCUCUUUCAUGGAGACAGCAUCGGCUACCGGGACCGCUAAGGGCAAGCGUAAGCGGGACGAAGACAGUGGAUAUCGACCUAAGGGUGGCAGCAGCCGUCCGAGCCGCAAGAAGAAGGAUGAUGAUGGUUCUACUCCUGCCAAGCGGACAUCGAAGCGGGCCUCUGGUGUAGCUCCAAUCAUGGCUAUUACCAUUCUGCCCCCGGUGGUAGAAAAUGUCGAUCUGCCUGACUUCGACUCCGACUCAGAUGCCAUGUCCGUCGAUUCGGACGGCGGCGUGCAAUUGGCAAAGGACAGUUCAUCUAGACCCAGCAAGCGCCAACGCGUGGUUGAAGGCACCAAUAUUGUCGCUGGAGUAUUGACGCCUGGUGAGGUCGUCACUGAUGAUCCGCAAUGGAUGAGAGGUCAUGGCACCUAUACGAAUCCACUAUCAACCUCUAUCAUCGCCACUGUUGCUGGUGCGGUGCAAAAGACCAAUAAACUGCUUUCCGUUCAGCCCCUUCGUGCACGAUACACUCCGGAGAUUGGUGAUCUGGUGGUAGGGCGCAUUGUCGAAGUACAGUCCCGCCGGUGGAAAGUCGAUGUCGCCGCCCCUCUGCUCGCUCAAUUACCUUUAUCAGCGAUCAAUCUACCGGGAGGUAUUCUCCGACGCCGCACAAGCGCCGAUGAAUUGCAAAUCCGAACCUUCUUCAGCGAAGGAGAUCUAGUCGUGGCUGAGGUGCAAAGUGUACAUUCGGAUGGAGGCGCAUCACUUCAUACGCGGUCCUUGAAAUACGGAAAACUGAGAAACGGCGUAUUUCUGGCCGUGACGGGCACGGGCGGCAGUGGCGCAUCUAGCUCGACUGUCAAGGGUGGUGCAGGAAGCGCGGCGGCUGCGACGGGUGCUGUCGGCGGCGUGGUACGAUCACGGAGACAGGUUUGGACAGUCAGCACUGCCAAUGGAGGCGGAGAUGUUGAUGUGAUUCUUGGAGUGAAUGGGUAUAUUUGGAUUUCGAAGCACGCAGAUGGGGCCACGGCCGCCUCGUCGACGACAGAGAACGUCUCAAUCACCCGCAUGGAAGAAAUGGUGUCGAGCUCGAUCUACUCCAGCCAAAAUGACGAGAUACCACCUCAGACGAGACGCGAAAUCGCCCGGUUAGCGCAGUGUAUCCGAGUCCUAGUGAACGGGGGGAUUCGGGUGGAUGAGGAAACGGUAAUGAGCGCAUAUGAAGCUAGUCUCCAGGUGGAUCUGGAGCUCGGUGACGAUGAGGAUGAAGAUGAACGGCGACACGAGGGUCGCGAGUACUUGGAGGGGAGCAAAGCGCAGCGUAUCCUCGAGUUGGUCUUACAACGGAAAUAGAUGGAUAUAUGACUACGAUUACUCUUGAUGUGAUGUUCAGAUGAGAUUUUAAGAUACCCCCCACCUCCCCCUCCCCUCGCAUGACUUCCUACCAGAUCACAUCCGGUUUUCUUCCUGUGUCUCUUUUGUCAAUUAGAAGAGCCCCGCAUCACGUGAUGAUAAAGUGAGC